UUUUGACAAUCGAUUGACAGUCACCAUUCAUCGCGGCCAUUAUCAUUUUAUGAAAGUCAUUCGUGCCACAUUACGUUGCUAUUUUCUUGUGUAGUGAGUUCAGUAAAAAAGCAGAAAAAUAAAGUUUAAUCAUACACAAUAAAUUUCGAGGACAUUCUGCAAAGUGAAGAACAUGAUGUUGAAGAUUACUUCCGCUGCCGGCGUCAUCUGUUUGCUGGAUGAACCGAUCCAGGAGCUGAAGGUGUUCGCUCUGAAGAAGCUGGAUUCCAUUGUGGAUGAGUUUUGGCCGGAAAUUUCGGAAGCUGUCGAGAAGAUAGAGAUCCUGCACGAAGACAAAGCAUUUGCGCAGCAUGACUUGGCAGCUCUGGUUGCCUCCAAAGUUUACUAUCAUUUGGGGUCCUUCGAAGAUUCGCUAACCUACGCGCUAGGUGCUGGCGAUCUGUUUGAUGUGAAUGCUCGCAAUGAAUACGUUGACACGAUCAUUGCAAAAUGUAUCGAUCAUUAUACUCAGUUGAGGGUUCAGCUUGCCGAAAAUCCUAGCAAGGCAAAACCGAUCGAUGCACGUUUGGAGGCCAUCGUCAAUCGGAUGAUUCAACGCUGCUUGGAGGAUGGACAGUAUAGGCAGGCUUUGGGAAUUGCGUUGGAAACGCGCCGAAUGGACGUCGUGGAGUCGUCCAUCAUGAAAGCGGAUGAUAUUCCUGGCAUGUUGGCCUAUGCUUUUCAGGUUACUAUGAGCUUGAUUCAGAAUCGUGCAUUCCGUAACACCGUACUACGCUGUCUGGUGGGCUUAUAUCGAAACCUAGGUGUACCAGAUUACGUGAACAUGUGCCAAUGUCUCAUUUUUCUCGAGGAUCCCCUAGCCGUGGCUGAGUUGUUGGACAAUCUAACGAAAGGCGGUGAGCAUUUGGUACUUAUGGCCUACCAGAUUGCCUUUGAUUUGUACGAAUCGGCGACACAGCAAUUUUUGGGUCAAGUACUGCAGGCUUUGAAAGCGACAGCACCGAUUCCGUCUGCUCUCAUUUCGAACUUGAAGCCACAAGGAACCGCGGCUGCCGGAGGCAGCGCAGCAUCAACCGUACCAGAAGUUAAACAAGAACCGAAAGAGACCGACAGUGGUGGCGAUGCUAAAGUAGAGCGUACGGUUGAUAGUUUGAAUGAAACGGAGAAGACACACCAAGCUAACAUUGAAAAGCUAGCUAAUAUCCUCUCCGGGGAGGUUUCCAUCGAUUUGCAGUUACAAUUUUUAAUACGCAGCAACCAUGCUGAUUUGCAGAUUUUGCGGGCUACAAAAGAAGCAGUGCGUGUGUCGAUUUGUCACACAGCAACCGUCAUUGCGAAUGCUUUCAUGCACAGCGGAACUACUAGCGAUCAGUUCUUACGUGACAAUUUGGACUGGUUGGCUAGAGCAACGAAUUGGGCCAAACUGACGGCCACAGCUUCUCUGGGUGUAAUCCAUCGUGGACAUGAAACUGAAUCGUUGGCUCUUAUGCAAAGCUAUCUACCGAAGGAAAGUGGACCUAGCUCUGGUUAUUCCGAGGGUGGUGGUCUGUAUGCGUUAGGUUUGAUUCACGCUAACCAUGGAGCAAACAUAAUUGACUAUCUGCUACAGCAAUUGAAGGAUGCUCAAAAUGAGAAUGUCCGUCAUGGCGGCUGUCUUGGUUUGGGCUUGGCCGCUAUGGGAACUCAUCGCCAGGAUGUGUACGAACAAUUGAAGUUUAAUUUAUACCAGGAUGACGCAGUUACCGGUGAAGCUGCCGGAAUCGCCAUGGGAAUGGUCAUGCUAGGUUCCAAACACGCGCCGGCAAUCGAGGAUAUGGUUGCCUACGCUCAGGAAACUCAACACGAAAAGAUUUUGCGUGGCUUGGCUGUUGGUAUUUCUUUGACUAUGUACGCACGCCUGGAGGAAUCCGAUUCACUGGUUACAAGCUUAUCUAACGAUAAGGAUCCUGUUUUGCGUCGUAGCGGUAUGUAUACGAUCGCAAUGGCUUACUGCGGAACCGGUAACAAUCAAGCCAUCCGGAAGCUGCUGCAUGUUGCUGUUAGUGACGUUAAUGACGAUGUGCGUCGGGCCGCUGUUACUGCUAUUGGAUUUAUUCUGUUCCGUACACCUGAACAGUGUCCUUCGGUCGUUUCGCUGUUGGCCGAAUCUUACAAUCCGCACGUUCGGUACGGAGCAGCGAUGGCCCUCGGUAUAGCCUGUGCUGGAACGGGUCUACGUGAAGCGAUUGCUCUGCUGGAACCAAUGGCCAAAUUUGAUCCGGUUAAUUUUGUCCGUCAGGGUGCGCUCAUCGCAUCCGCAAUGAUUCUGAUCCAGCAAACUGAUCAAACCUGCCCGAAGGUUACAUUCUUCCGGCAGUUGUACAACCAAGUUAUAACUAAUAAACAUGAAGAUGUAAUGGCUAAGUAUGGUGCCAUAUUGGCCCAGGGAAUUAUCGAUGCCGGAGGUCGCAACGUAACGGUAAGUCUGCAAUCUCGUACCGGACAUACAAACUUGCAAGCUGUGGUUGGCAUGCUGGUCUUCACCCAAUAUUGGUACUGGUUCCCGCUAGCUCACUGUCUUUCACUGGCCUUCACUCCAACUAGUUUGAUUGCACUGAACUCGGAUUUGAAGAUGCCGAAGAUUGAUUUCAAAUCCGCUGCUCGUCCGUCAUUGUACAGCUAUCCAGCUCCGUUGGAGGAGAAAAAACGCGAGGAGCGAGACAAAGUUGCCACAGCCGUUCUCUCGUUGGCGGCUCGAGCCAAGCGUCGCACUGGCGACAAAAAGAAAGACUCCAAGGACGGAUCUACCGACUCGAAGAUGGAAGUGGACGAAGAAGUUUCCACUGCCAAGGAUGAUCUGUCGGCCACGGUUAAGGCUAAAGAGGAAGCAAAAACCACACCAGUUAAGGAGGAUAAAAAAGAAAAGGCGUCCAAGGAAAAGUCCAAAGACGCAAGCGUUCCUUCACCAGCAACACCAGCCGCCGGGGAUGACUCUUCCUCGGGAACAACGGCUGCAUCGGCAACUAAAACACCGAAAGAACCAGAACCUAGCUUUGAGAUCUUGCAUAAUCCGGCGCGUGUCAUGCGUCAACAGUUGAAGGUUAUUAGCAUCGCCGAAGGAAGUCCCUACAACCCGCUGAAGGACGUUACAAUUGGAGGAAUUAUUAUGAUGCAGCACAGUGCAACCGGCGAACAGACGCUGGUCGAACGGGUUACUGCGUAUGGACCGAAAAAUGACGAUCUAAAGGAACCGGAAGCACCGGAACCAUUUGAAUACAUUGAGGAUUAAAAAACAUGCAUUGCAUAUAUGAAAAAUACAUUUCACUAUAAAAAAUUGUUUAUGCUAGUAUCCCAUAUUGAAAAUGAAAUAAAUUUUUUCACCAGCUUAUAACAGGUGAAAAACGUAAACUUUA